AGUGCGUCGUCACGUUGCUCCGACACAAACGCGGAUCCGUUAAUUCGCACACGUUCAACGUUCAUCCUGACGUCGAGGGGAUCGAUACUCGCCCCCGUCCUCGCUUCAUCCCGCGGCCGUUACGUCGGUAGUGUUAGUACUCGACUACUCGCCUCGGCUUCGCCAGGUUCGGUUUUAUCAGAGUUUUUCGUUAUGUCGGGCGAGCACAAAACGGAAAUUAAAUACCCCUCGGAGUACGUCAAAUUGAACAUCGGAGGCUCGCUUCAUUAUACCACCAUAGGUACCUUGCAGAAGCAUGAUACCAUGCUGCGUGCAAUGUUCAGCGGUCGCAUGGAAGUGCUCACCGACUCCGAAGGCUGGAUAUUGAUUGAUCGGUGUGGCAAACAUUUCGGAACGAUCUUGAACUUUUUACGAGACGGCUCGGUUCCGCUGCCAGAAAAUACGAAGGAGAUGGCAGAAUUGCUUGCAGAGGCAAAAUAUUACUGUAUCAGCGAGCUGGCGGAGUCCUGCGAACAGGCGCUUCUACGAAAAGAACGCGAAGCAGAACCAAUCUGCAGAGUCCCUCUCAUAACCUCUCAAAAAGAAGAACAGUUACUCAUAAGCAAUACUACUAAGCCUGUGGUCAAGCUGCUCAUUAAUAGGCAUAACAAUAAAUAUUCCUAUACAAGUACAUCAGAUGACAAUCUACUAAAAAACAUAGAACUAUUCGACAAAAUGUCACUUAGAUUCAGUGGCAGAGUGUUAUUCAUCAAAGACGUUAUCGGCUCGAGCGAGAUCUGCUGUUGGACAUUUUAUGGGCAUGGUCGUAAAGUAGCAGAAGUCUGUUGUCACUCGAUCGUCUAUACAACCGAUAAAAAACAUACAAAGGUUGAAUUUCCCGAGGCUCGAAUAUACGAAGAAACGUUAAAUAUUUUAUUGUAUGAGCAUCGGAAUGGCCCAGAUCAAGAGUUAAUGCAGGCUACAUCGUCACGUGGCGUGGUACCUUGCACAUCUGACGAAGAAGAGGGCGAGCGUUCAGGCUUGGCUCGCCUUCGCUCUAACAAACAGAACACCAACUGACCCAGUCUUAUCCUCCUCAGUCCACCGCACACCGCGAUCCUUAGUGUCGUUCGCUCUUUCAAGACACGAAUUAAUAUAAAAUAAGACGAAACAUGGAUGUAUACCAAAUGCGAAUGCUACAUGAUACUUGGUUAUCGCCUGUCGGUUGAAUCUCUUUUCAUUUUUGAAAUGUAGAACAUGAG